AUGAUGAGAUGGCCUGUCUCCACCUUAUUUGCACUGGCCAGUUUUCUGACAACGGCACUUUUGAUACUCCCAGCAAAUGCCAUCAACUUAGCACGUGGUGCAGACGAGCUAGUGUCUGAACAGGACCUAUCAACCUUUUUGGCUCAGGAAGAACUUCCACUGCCCUUGCAGGACGAACGAAAACUUGGAAGUGGGCAAAGCAUUGGAGAAAAAUGUGGGAAAAAUAGUCCCUGCCAGGAUGGGUUGCAGUGUACUCCCAUCACUGUAGGGAAUCGUUGCGUUCCGGUCGAAUGCUUGUCAACUGAGUACAACGGCACGUUAGGUGCUCUUGAUAUGGUCGCAUACAACGAUCUCGUCUACCAGCAAGCCGGGAUAACUGAACAGCAAUUUGUUGAAGCCUUUCGAGACGCGGACAACCAGAGAGCCUUUGUCGACUCAGAUGAGUUUCGGGCGUUCUCACGGGCAAUGCGGAGCAACACUGGACCUUUGGAGGCUAUGCAAGAGCUGCACAAACGAUGCAAUGCUGGACGACAAACUUCGAUUGACACAACCUACUUUGGAAUCAAUAUAGAAGCAGGUGCAUUUGUUGACUUCAACUUUCAAUUUUUGUUUGCCGAACGGGAUGGAGCUGCUGUUGGGACAGGCAGUGGAGCAGAACUGGCCUGUGUGUUUUGUUGGCUGGAUCUGGACUUGGGCGUGGGCCUGAGCGGUGGCGUUGCCAUUGGAAUUGGAUUCAAUGGAAUCUUUCAGUAUGAAUUCACUAUUGGUAUUGGCUUUGGAGGUGGACUCGGCACCAGUCUUUGCAGUGGUUGGGCUAUAUUUGAACAAAUUGACCCGACGGAGCCGCCUGAAGAGCAGCCUCCGGAGCGCUUCUAA